GACAGCGGGCGCGGCGCUUGGCGGCGGCGGCGGGCGGCGGCGCUGCUGGUGGCGGAGCCCGGUCUGGCCCGGCCCGGCCCGGCCAUGCUGCUCACCGUGUUCUGCCUGCGCCGGGACCGCUCCGAGCUCACCUUCUCCCUGCAGGUGGACGCCGACUUCGAGCUGCAGAACUUCCGGGCGCUCUGCGAGCUGGAGUCCGGCAUCCCCGCGGCCGAGAGCCAGAUUGUCUAUGCAGAGAGGCCUCUAACUGACAACCACAGAUCAUUGGCCUCAUAUGGCUUGAAAGAUGGGGAUGUGGUGAUUUUACGGCAAAAGGAGAACACAGAGCCACGGCCUCCAGUCCAGUUUCCAGGUCUGCCCAGGAUAGACUUCAGCAGCAUUACAGUGCCUGGGACGUCAGCCCAGCAGCAGCAGCAACCAGUGCAGCAUCUUCGCCCAUCACCUCCGGAUACACCUUCAUCCCCUCAGGGCUUGGACAAUCCAGCACUGUUACGGGACAUGUUGCUUGCCAAUCCCCACGAGCUGUCCCUGCUGAAAGAACGCAAUCCACCCCUGGCUGAGGCACUGCUCAGUGGAGACCUUGAGAAAUUUACCAGAGUGCUGGUGGAGCAGCAACAGGACCGAGCCCGCCGGGAGCAGGAGAGAAUCCGUCUGUUUUCAGCUGACCCUUUUGAUCUUGAGGCUCAGGCAAAGAUAGAAGAGGACAUAAGGCAACAAAAUAUUGAAGAGAACAUGACAAUAGCUAUGGAAGAGGCCCCAGAGAGCUUUGGCCAGGUGGUGAUGCUCUAUAUUAACUGCAAAGUCAAUGGACAUCCUGUGAAAGCCUUUGUUGACUCAGGUGCCCAGAUGACCAUUAUGAGCCAAGCUUGUGCUGAAAGGUGUAACAUCAUGAGACUGGUGGACCGGCGCUGGGCAGGCAUUGCUAAGGGUGUGGGCACACAGAAAAUCAUUGGCAGAGUGCACCUAGCUCAGGUUCAGAUUGAAGGGGAUUUUCUGCCGUGUUCUUUCUCUAUCCUUGAAGAACAGCCCAUGGAUAUGCUUCUAGGACUGGAUAUGCUUAAGAGACAUCAGUGUUCCAUUGAUCUCAAAAAGAAUGUACUAGUGAUUGGUACCACGGGAUCUCAGACAACUUUCCUUCCAGAAGGGGAGCUCCCAGAGUGUGCAAGACUGGCAUAUGGGCCAGGGCGGGAGGACAUGCGGCCGGAGGAGAUUGCAGACCAAGAACUGGCAGAAGCUCUACAGAAAUCUGUAGAGGAAGCAGAGAAUAGUGAUAAAGAAACUACCUCACUGGAAAUGCCAUCUUUACCAUCUUCUGAUGGAUUUAAGAGUCCAGUCCAUUCUUCAGGACUAAGUUCCAAGAUCUGUAAUCCCACAAAUCAAUUACUUGAUCACUCCAUCUCCGCCCCUGCUUCAAUUUGCUCACACAAAUCUAGUCUAGCAGAGAUAAUUGAUCCUACAGCUGUGAAGUCUUUGGAGUCACCAGCUGAAUGUCAGCUAGCUCCAGACCCUCUUCUGUUACAGAAUCUUUCUGAUCAUGCUGCUCGUUCAGCACACAAUGACCAUGCUAUCCAGACUGGAGCAGUAGACUGUCAUAGUCCAACUAUACCUUCACAGAAUACACUUGAAAAAACAGUCGCCGCUGACCAUCUAAUGAAAUAUAAUGCUAAAGAACAAGCCCAUGGUUUGGAAUCUCCUAUGGAAGUGACAAGAGAAGGCAGUUUGUCUGAUGCCACCAGCAGGAAUGGGCAGCAGGCGGUUCUAGAUGUACCAUUGCCUUCAGAACAGCUGGAUCCGAACCAAAUGAAUGAGUUUCCUUUGGAUCUUCAGACAUACAAAGAACCAGUGAGUGAACAAUGUCUGGAUAAACGGAAUGAACCAACUGAGCCAGAACAUCCUUGUAAUGUCAGUGCCCUUGAGUUACCUGCUGUGGGGGAGCAAGGCCUUACAAACAUCCAUCCAGAAUCACCCAUUGACUCUCUUACUGAGAGAAGAGAAGGUGGGCUGGAGAAUAUAGAGCUUUUGUGUGGGAAAGAAAAUAUCCCAAUGUCUGCAUCCUGUGGCUGUUCACAUACAGAAACCUUCAUGGAAACAGAUGUAGCUGAGCAGUCUGUCGUCACAGUGCAUAGCUUGUCAUGCAAACAGAACGCUCAAGCGAAGAAUAUUGGUGGAUCUGUUCUGAACUUAGAUUGUUCUUUGAUGCAGAUGGAGUCAUCAAAGCAUGACCCCUCUGUGUCUGUAUUUUCAAGUAACCCGGUUUCCACUAGUGAUUUACUGCAGCCUGACACCAAUGUUGAAAUGACUGCAAUAUGUACUGAGUUACAUAAUUUAUCAGCUGAAAAUAGCUCUUCCUCCUCUGACAUUCAUCAGCUGAACGGUGAUACAGCAGCAUCCACUGAAGAGCCGAGUUUAUCUUUAACAGCAGCGUUGAAGGAGCUUCAUGAACUUUUGGUUAUAAAUAGUAAAGGAGAUUCUGUCAUUUUUAUGUCUGAAGAAGACACAGGUCAGCCAGAAACUGUUCUUGAAGAGCAAAUGGAAUGCAAGGAGCUUUCUGAUGAUGAUCAUGAAAGUGUGGAUCCAGAGAGUGGGGAUCUAAAUAGUUCCUUUCAUAUGGUGAUGCCUGAACAUGUGAACCCUGAGGGGCUAGCAGGGGCACUAUCUUAUGCUAUGGGAAUAGAAAAUGCUAGCAUCAAGAUUUUAACUAGCAGCCAGUCAACUGUUGAAAAAGAUGCUCUAGAGAUACAGAAGUCAUCAAGUAAGAGUAAUUCUGUCAUUCUGAGCUCAGUUGCAACAUUUGAUCAACUACAGAGUACUGAGCAGGCAGAAAUUUUACCUGAAUGUUUAGUAAACGACCAAGUUCCAGCCAGUCAGUCUUUAGAGCUGAAUAGAUCACGUUCACCUGAGCUCACGGUGGAGGAUGAUGUUCCUCAUGAUGCUCAGAGCCUGUUAACAGCAGUGUCUGAAAGAACUGACAGUUCCUCAAAUCCUGAAGAUCCAAGGCCACCAUGUGGACUUGUUGAGCCAUUGCUCUGCCCACCAAUCAGCAAUCUGGAAGUGCACUCCAGAGCUCCUCUGCUGCCCGUUUUCCCUGCGGCAGACAUUAACCAGAUUCUGUGCGCUGGCUUUACCAUGCGGGAAGCUCUUGAAGCUUUGGAGCAAGCUGGCGGAAAUGCAAACCUUGCUCUUCUCUUUUUAUUAGCCAAGAAUAUUGUAGUUCCUACGUGACCAUGGAAAAGAUGGCCUGGCUGCUCCAUCCUCCUUUUAAAGAACGUAUCUAAAUUAUAUAGAAUAACCUGCAAGCCGAAUGUUGUCAGAUUUUUAAAAAAAAAAUUAUUUUCAGCCAAAGUAAUUUAUGAUCUCUUCUGUGUGUCAUGCGUUAAAUUUGGGCCUUUUAAAAGAAAAGUCUUGGCAUUGUGUAAACACAUUAGCUUUGAAUUUUCCUUGAGAUGGUGCAUACUGGAAUAAAAUUGUUUUUAUUUAAUUGUA